GGGGUGGGUCUUGUAGAGUCUACAAGAUGGCUACAAGAUAUAGCCAGCUCAAUAUUGAUAUUGAUACUCUGAAGCAGAAGACUGGGGUAACAGACACCCAGCUAGACCAAAGAAUUGAGCAGGAACAAUUGUGGAGCCUGGCUGGUUUACUUGGCAGCUAUAAAAAGUUUGUUAGAAGCUCAGGGUUUGAUCUCAAUAAUGCUGAUAUAGAGGAUCUGAAGGAAUGUGCCUCCAAGCAUGGCAAUCAACAAGCCAUGUAUGAAGCUUUAAUGAAAUGGGGAAAAUUCAUUCGUGACUUCACUUAUCGGUCGUUGUUGGAGAUUUUGAUUGGUCUUCGUGAAGGAGCUUUGGCUGACCAAGUGUGUAGGACUUUCAUCCAGACACAAGCCAGUGAGCCAAAUAAAGAAGACGCUGUGUCCUUGUCACCUGCACCAGAUAGAAAAUCACUUCUGACAGUGCCACCAAUUCAUGACGUACUUCAACCGAAUUUGGGGACAGGCACUACAACUGCUGACCACAUAGACAAAUUUGAGACGAGGUUUAUAGAUCUACGAAAGAUGGCUCUCAAAGAAAUAACUGAGAAACGAAUACCUGUGACUGAGUUCCGCCAAACACUCAUGAUAAUGCCAAGCUCCAUCAAAAAUGAAAACAAAGAUUUUAUCAAAUCAAACUAUUCCUUGUUUAAAGAAGCUAAAUCGAUUGAAAGCAUAUUUUUGGAGAUCAAUUUCUACCUAAGCUUUAUUGAUUUCAGCCUUCUUGAGCAUAUCAUAGAGCAAUUUGGCACUUGACCAUCUUCCAAGAAAUUCUGAUGCUCCUGCUGGUUACUGUCGUUUAACAUUGAAAUUAGAUUUUGAUGUUCACACUGCAACUCUUGAAGAUGUAGACACAUACAGGAAACGUUUCGCUAGUGAAUUCUUGCUCUCCCAGCUAGCCCUUUCUUUGUUUGACCUCCAGGAGAGCUCACUACUGGUUACAUGGAUAGUGCCUGCUGCUGUAGGAGCAAUGAUCAGUGACCAAGUGCACAAGACAACAGCUUCCUUCUUUUUAAGCAACGGUAUUCUCAAGCUAUCACUUGAAGGAGAAUGUCUCUACCCAAUGGUAAAGGUUACAUGUAGUCAAUCAGAUACAAGGGAAUCUAGUAGUCCUGCGAUUGAAGCUGGAGCUGGUUUUACCCCUCUUGUACCACAUCAAAAUGAAAUGAAAGGAAUAAUCGACCUCGGACCUAAUCAUCGUGGACUGGCUAUUGUUGUACCAUAUUUUGAUUCGUUAUUGAACAUAACGAACAUUCUCAGGGAGACUUUGAGAUUUACUGUUUACGAGCCUCAAGAUAAAACAUCACUAAAGUCAUACAUGCAAGCUGUAGAUCUGGAGCUGAAACACCAUCCCAUAAUAGUGGUGGUAUCUGGACAUGGGGGGAGGGGUAAUCUUCUACGCACUGAUAUUGGUGUCAUCGACAUCAAGGAAGAUAUUAUGGCACCACUAUUCCCUCCUAUUGCCACACACCUUGCUGACAACCCAAAGAUAUUCCUGUUUAUUGGCUCUUCUGAAUGCCUUUCCUUUGUCGAAGUUGAUACAAUCUGGGACAACUGCAUUUUUUGUUUUAUUACAUGUAAUGAUGAGAUACGGAUGACAGACAUCGUACAUGAAGAACUGGUAUCCCCUUCUAUGUCCGUACAAGAGAUCUUCACUUCAAUUAGCGACAUCCUUCAACCCGCUGCUACAAUAACUGUGAUCAACCAUCUCAAGGAGCCAGUUUACUUAUAUCCUGAUGGAUCUGACAGAUUAGCCUAUUUUGAUUUAUCCUCAUUUGUCUCACUCCCACCACUCCAUCGAAGGCUACUACAAGAAUCAUCCGAGGAGUCCGAUAGUGAAUCACAUCUAAUCAAUCGACGUUACUGGUCUGGAGCCUGAUACUGAACGUCUACAGGUACAACCAAUCAAGAAAGCUGAUACUGAGCUAUUGCUAAAUUCUUCAACAUCAAAGUGCAUUAUAAUUUAAUUACUAUCCGUAUAAUUGCAAAACUUAAUUUUAUGACAACAGCACAUGAAAUCAAACGAUCAUAAUUAUGACAAAAUGAGUAAUGAAACAGAGCUAGCUACUCAACGCUAGGUUUAGGGUGUGUUGGUCUGUCAGUGAGUAGUAUGCCCCGUGUGAACACUAGACUGAGAGCUGCCACCGCCACUGCUGCCAGGUACAUGUGGUGGGCCGCCACUCCCUUGUCAGACUGUGUGUGGAGGUGUGUGUGUGCAUCUUUGUACAUGCUACAAUGAAUAAAAUUAUUUAUAACAAUUAUAUUUCCACAGGAAUGCAUGCGGUGGUGUAAAAUAAGGGGUGGGUCUUGUAAGUCUACAAGAUGGCUACAAGAUAUAGCCAGCUCAAUAUUGAUAUUCAUACUCUGAAGCAGAAGACUGGGGUAACAGACACCCAGCUAGACCAAAGAAUUGAGCAGGAACAAUUGAUCAGCUUAGCCAGUUUACUUGGCAGCUAUGAAAAGUUUGUCCCAGGAUUUAAUCUCAAUAAUUCUGAUACAGCGGAUCUGAAGGAUUGUGCCUUUAGGAGUGGCUAUCGACAGGCUAUGUAUGAAGCUUUGAAGAAAUGGGACAACAAAAUCCUUGACUUCACUUAUCGGUCGUUGUUGGAAAUUUUGAUUAGUCUUUGUGAAGGAGCUUUGGCUGACCAAGUGUGUAGGACUUUCAUCCAGACACAAACCAGUGAGCUGAAUAAAGAAGACGCUGUGUCCUUGUCACCUGCACCAGGUCGAUCACCUCUGACAGAGCCACCAAUUCUUGAUCCAAUUGAACCAAAUUUGUUGGCAACAGGCACUGCAACUGCUGACUGCAUACAACAAUUUGAGACGAGAUUUAUGGUUCUACAAAAGAUAGCUCUUAAAGAAAUAACUGAGAAGCGAAUACCUGUGACUGAGUUCCGCCAAGCACUCAUGAUAAUGCCAAGCUCCAUCAAAAGUGAACACAAAGUUUUUAUCUUAUCAAAACAUUCCUUGUUUGAAAAAGCAGAAUCGAUCGAAAGCAUAUGUGUGCAUCUCAGUUUCCUACCUAAGCUUUAUUGAUUUCAGCCUUCUUGAGCAUAUCAUAGAGCAAUUUUGUAGUGAUAGUCUGAAACGAGACAUGAGCAGCUAUGCAAAAGACAUGAGACAGUUCAGAAUGAACACCCCCGUUAGCGAAGCACUUGACCAUCUACCGAGAAAUUCAGAUCCUCCUGCUGGUUACUCUCGUCUAAAAGCGAAAUUAGAUUUUGAUGUUAAAACUGCAACUCUUGAAGAUGUAGACACGUACAGGAAACGUUUUGCUAGUGAUUUCGCACUCUCCCAGCUAGCUCUUUCUUUGUUUGACCUCCAGGAGAGCUCACUACUGGUUACAUGGCUAGUCCCUGCUGCUGUAGGAGCAGUGAUCAGUGACCAAGUGCAGAAGAAAAGUUCUUCUUUCUUUUUAAGCAACAAUAUUCUCAAGCUCUCACUUGAAGGAGAAUGUCUCUACCCUUUCAUGCCGAUGGUAAAGGUUAGUCAGUCAGGUACAGAGGGAUCUGGAGGUGCUAUGAUUGAAGCUGGAGCUUCGAUCACUUGUAAACCACAUCAAAGGAUAGCGGAGCGAAUCAACCUCAAACCUAAUCAUCAUGGACUGGCUAUUGUUGUACCAUUCCGUUCGUUGUUGGACCUAAGGGCUGUGCUCGCAUGGAAAUUGAGAUUUGCUGUUUACGAGCCUCAAGAUGAACCAUCCCUAACGUCAUCCAUGCAAGCUGUAGAUCUGGAGCUGAAACACCAUCCCAUAAUAGUGGUGGUAUCUGGACUUAGAGAGGGUAAUCAUUUAUACACUGAUAUUGGUGACUUCGACAUCAAGGAAGAUAUUAUGGCACCACUAUUCCCUCCUAUUGCCACACACCUUGCUGACAAACCAAAGAUAUUCCUAUUUGUUGUCAAUUCCAACUCCUCUGAACGCCAUGCUCCUCUGCAUUUCGUUGAAGCAAUCUGGGAAAACUACAUUAUUGGUUAUAUUGGAUGUGAUUAUCUGCGGAGGGCGGGAGACAUCGUAGAGAAAUCUCCUUCUAUGUCCGUGCAAAACAUCUUCACUUCAAUUAGCCACAAGCUUCAAUCCCUCCAUGAUGUGCUGAGGGUGGCAGACAUCGUAGAGGACGAACUGGCACACCCUUCUAUGUCCGUGCAAGAGAUCUUCACUUCAAUUAGCGACAAACUUCCACCCCAUGCUACCAUGACUGUAAUCGACCGUCUCAAGGAGCCAGUUUACUUGCAUCCUUGUGGAUCUGAGUUAAUGGAAACUCACAGCAGAACACAAGAAUCAACCGAGGAGUCCGGUUUUCUGUCACGUGUACGUCAACUAUCAAUCGCUGCCAAGGAGCCUGAUACUGAAUCACAUCUACUGGAACAACCAAUCAAGAAGCUCGAAACUGAACUCUCACCAAAGCAAUCGAAGGGAGUCCCCAAACAAGCUGAGUCGAGUGAUGAACUCUCGGAUCUGAAGGAUUGUGCCUUUAGGAAUGGCUAUCGACAGGCCAUGUAUGAAGCUCUGAAGAAAUGGGAAAACAUAAUCCUUGACUUUACUUAUCGGUCGUUGUUGGAGAUUUUUAUUAGUCUUCGUGAAGGAGCUUUGGCUGACCAAGUGUGUAGGACUUUCAUCCAGACACAAACCAGUGAGCUGAAUAAAGAAGACGCUGUGUCCUUGUCACCUGCACCAGGUCGGACACGGCCACCGAUUCGUGACACAGUGAAACCAAAUCCCUUGGUGACAGAAUCUACGAAAGAGAGCUCUCAAAGAGUAACUGAGAAUGGAGUAACUGUGACUGAGUUUCGCCAAACACUCAUGACGUUACCAAGCCCUAUCACAAGUGAAAACGAAGAUUUCAUCAAAUCAAAAUAUCCUUUGUUUGAAGACGCUAAAUCGGUCGAAAGCAUCUUUGUGCAUCUCAAUUUCUACUUGAGCUUUAUCGAUUUCAGCCUUCUUGAGCAUAUCAUAGAGCAAUUUGGUAGUGAUAGUCUGAAACGAGACAUGAGCAGCUAUGCAGAAGACAUGGGACACUUCAGAAUGAACACCCCCGUUAGCGAAGCACUUGACCAUCUACCGAGAAAUUCAGAUCCUCCUGCUGGUUACUCUCGUCUAAAAGCGAAAUUAAAUUUUGAUGUUAAAACUGCAACUCUUGAAGAUGUAGACACGUACAGGAAACGUUUUGCUAGUGAUUUCUUGCUCUCCCAGCUAGCCCUUUCUUUGUUUGAGCUCCAGGAGAGCUCACUACUGGUUACAUGGCUAGUUCCUGCUGCUGUAGGAGCAAUGAUCAGUGAUCAAGUGCAGAAGAAAAGUUCUUCUUUCUUUUUAAGCAACAAUAUUCUCAAGCUAUCACUCGAAGGAGAAUGUCUCUACCCUUUCAUGCCGAUGGUAAAGGUUAGUCAGUCAGGUACAGAGGGAUCUGGUGGUGCUACGAUUGAAGCUGGAGCUUCGAUCACUCGUAAACCACAUCAAAGGAUAGCGGAGCGAAUUAACCUCAAACCUAAUCAUCGUGGACUGGCUAUUGUUGUACCAUGCCGUUCGUUGUUGUACCUAACGGACGUGCUCAAGAGGGCAUGGAGAUUUGAUAUUUACGAGCCUCAAGAUAAACCAUCCCUAAAGUCAUACAUGCAAGCUGUAGAUCUGGAGCUGAAACACCAUCCCAUAAUAGUGGUGGUAUCUGGAAUCAGAAGGGAUAAUCUUCUACUCACUGAUAUUGGUGACAUCAACAUCAAGGAAGAUAUUAUGGCACCACUAUUCCCUCCUAUUGCCACACACCUUGCUGACAACCCAAAGAUAUUCCUAUUUGUUGUCAGAUCCUACUCUUUUGAACACCGUGCUCUACAUUUCGUUGAACCAAUCUGGGAAAACUGCAUUGUUGGUUAUAUUGCAUGUGAUAAUCUCAAUGAUGUGCUGUGGGUGCCAGACAUCUUACGGGACGAACUGGCACACCUUUAUAUGUCCGUGCAAGAGAUCUUCACUUCAAUUAGUGAACAGUUUCCACCCUAUGCUACCAUGACUGUGAUCGAUCGUCUCAAGGAGCCAGUCUACUUGCAUCCUCGUGGACCUGAGCUAAUCAUCGGAUCACAAGAAUCAACCGAGGAGUCCGGUUUUCUGUCACGUGUACGUCAACUAUCAAUCGCUGCCAAGGAGCCUGAUACUGAAUCACAUCUACUGGAACAACCAAUCAAGAAGCUCGAAACUAAACUAUCACCAAAGCAAUCGAAGGGAGUCCCCAAACAAGCUGAGUCGAGUGAUGAACUCUAAAAGACUAAUUAAUAGUGCUCACCUCAUGCUAGUAUGAGUCUUUAUAUUUUUUGUACACAUUAAUUUGUAUUUAAUAUUGCAAUUAUUAUUAUGCCUCGA